AUGUCUGCAAUCUCUGCGUAUGAUAUCGAAAGAUGCCUUGCGGCAUCGCGGGGCAGCAGCGAAUUCAAUGCAACUGGAAUGACCAAAGAGCGCAAUUUGCAGUCCGGCGACAUGGGGGUCCUCCACGACCUUCUCAGGCUUCCAGAGGAUGGCGAGGGGUCCGCUUCUCGUGAAGCCAACCACGACCGGCGUGUCGCGCCUGCAAUGGCGCUAUUUAAUUAUCAAGUCCGUGACUGGCAAGAUAUGUGGGACCAGUAUAUCGAUGAAUCUAAAUGUGAUACCUCAACUCCCGCGCCAGAGGAUACGACUUAUUUAGUGGUACACAGGGAGCCCGUCCGCCCCGAAUUCCGGCCCCAUGAGGGCUUCUUCAUUGGUGCAAGUUCCGACCUGGCCUUUGAGGUCCUUUGUAGCUAUAUGGAUUCGGACGAUUUUAUUAGAGCAGAUGUGCUGACAGAUGAGGCGGAGCCACCAUGGGAGACCGAAUCCGACCAGAUUACCUCCUCUCAAGGACAGACAAGCGCGCGCGGAGAGCGCGUCAGCCGCAUCGCCAAGAUGAAGGCGAGGCAAGUCAUCUCCGACUAUUGCGCAGAAACCAAGCGCACCCGCUCGGGCAAGGGGACGUUCUAG